GCAACAUGUGGAAUUUUAAUUUUACGACAGCAGCUGGUUGUUGCAGCACUAGUAGCGCUAUCAGAAAUUGUUUUACCCGGGUUAAGACGUUCGAAAUCCUCCUAGGAGUUCGUCAGCUUACCCCUCGGAGUUCGCCCCUUUCGCGCUUCAUGCGCUGGGGGUUUUACGCUGAUAUUUUUUUCCUCUCUAUUUUUUUUGUUCCAUCCCUGGGGUUGUCCCUCAUUGUCAGAAAUCUCGCUUUUAUAUUCUAUAACCCAAGCCCUGAAAGCACAGAAUGGCGCACACGCUACCUGACACUGCGAUUGCUGCGUCGAACAAUGGAUCUAACAUCAAUGUUUAUUUCCAAGUUACUGAUGGGAGUAUCGUUGAGCAUCUUUACAGAUUCAUCCCGGGCUCAGACUCCGCCUCUUGGAUCCCAAAUCCUGAUCCGGUUGUCAAAGCUGGUGAGGCAAAGUUUUUCACUCCAUUAGCAGCCCAUGUGGGAUUUACCAAGCACUUUGCACCUCAGAGACAUGUUUUCUUCGUUGACAAAAAGAACUAUCUACGUGAGGUGUAUUUAUCGGGAGAAGAUAACUGGACAGCUGGUGACCUAGAUACGCUUCAAAUUGAAGUCGCACCUUAUUCCCAGAUCGCCAUGGUUUCUUCGAAGCUCUACUACCAAAAGGCGGAUGGCUAUAUCUACACUGUCACUUUAAGUGAGGGUGUUUGGACGAGGGAUAGCAUUGCACUGAGCACGGCCAAUAAGCCUAUGUUAGGGUGUGGAAUAGCAGCGGCGAGCGGAGAGUGGUUCACUCAGUCAAAUUCUUUAGCUAUUGAGAUGGGGGGCUCUCAAACCACCAUUCAGAGUGUUUUACCCAGUCCAUCUUCACACACGAGCCUCGCUGCUGUUGGAGACGGGACAGAGUACAAGUGCAUCUUUUACACCACAAACGAGAGCAAACUUCACGAAUGUCGCAUUACGAAAGAUGGGCAACAAUCGACGUAUAUUGCCUGUGUGCCUCCCCGAAGUUACUUCGCAGCGAUUCGACAGAGACCCGGUGAUGGCCAUCAGGACGUAAUCAGCAUCUUCGUCCAGACCGGACAAGGGAAUAAGAUAUCGCAGUACAAGUAUACCUAUCCUAAGGGCUGGCAAUUGGCAGUGGAUGCAAUUUGAGGAGAUUCAUCUCUAUGGUUCCAUUGAACCCAGAUAACUGGUUUAAAAACGCUAGCAAAUUCAUUCACUACUUAUCCUAAAUAUUGUCUCGUGACUAUCUAACGACCUUAGAAGGUCAAUUCUAGAUCCCUAAGACGUGCACUCUGCUAUGAAACUCCUUCCCAUGUUGCCUUGUAAAUGACAACUGUUGAGUCGUUAGCAGGUGGAAAGGUAGCAAGCCUUCUCCCGUCCGGCGAAAAUACCACUCCGUAACCAUACCUUAAACCUUCUGAGCCUUCAAAUGACGUAAGUUCUGUUGCGGUUUCUGCAUCUCGUAUCCUCACGAUAUUUUCCGCACUU